AUGGAGAUCAGUGGCCUCCCACUGGAGUUAUGGCGCCUGAUCCUGUCCUACUUGCGCCUCCCGGACCUCGGCCGCUGCAGCUUGGUGUGCAGAGCUUGGUAUGAGCUCAUCCUCAGCCUGGACAACACCCGGUGGCGGCAGCUGUGUCUGGGCUGCAUCGAAUGCCGGCAUCCCAACUGGCCCAACCAGCCUGACGUGGAGCCCUGGUCGUGGCGGGAAGCCUUCAAACAGCACUAUCUUGCUUCUAAAACCUGGACCAAGAACAGUCAAGACUUUGAAUCUUCCAACUGCUUUUACUUGUUCCGAAGGAAAAAGGACCGGCGAGUUCUUUAUGUCGGGCCUGGCUGUGAGUUUGACAACCUGAGGAGCGCCUUGCUCUCUGCAAGCAGCUACGACAGAAUUGUCCUGUUGCCUGGGGUGUAUGAGGAACAGAGCGAAAUCUUCCUGAAGGCCCCCGUGGAAAUUAUGGGGAGGGGGAAGCUCGGUGAUGUGGCUCUGCUGGUGAGCUUUGACCAGCACUGUCCGACCAUGCGGUUAUGCAACUUGGUAUUCAUGCCCACCUGGUUCACGCCCAUUGUCUAUAAGACAAACUCAGGUCAUGUCCAGUUUGACAACUGCAACUUUGAAAACAGUCAGCUGCAGAUUCAUGCCCCAGGAACCUGCCAAGUUAAAUUUUGUACUUUCAGCCAGUCCAGCAUCAGCUUCCACAGCGUGGCCAUCUGCCUCCUGGAAAACUGCGAGUUUCUUGGGAGUGAAAACGCUUCUGUGACAGUAGAAGGUUGCCCGUCUUUGGACAGGAACUGGGCCUGCAAACACUUGACCAUGUGGGCAAAGUCCCGCUCUGUCCUGCUGCAGGCGCCAGAGCCGCCCCUGUAUGGCACAUCCAAGUUCGAAAGCCAAGGAGCCCUGCCAACAAGGAAUCCAAGGAACUGUGAAAUCGUGGUAGGUGGGGACCCCUCCACUGUGUUCCCUGCUUCCCAGACUCAUGCCAUGCCAAAGAGAGGGUGUGAGAAGGAGAAUGACAUUACCGGGAGCCUUAACCCAGCCCCCAAAGAGGAGGCCACGACCAUGGACACAGAUUCCAGUGACAGUGAACUGAGCAUCAGCAGUGAGAACGAGGACGAUGAUGAAUCGAUGUACAAAUUGCCUUACCAGGCUCAUAGCUUGAGCCAUAUGCUGGCCAAAGGGAUUCAUGGCAGGCUACAAACCAAUGGCUUAACAGCUCUUCAGAAUGACUACGAGCUGAAAACACUGUCUCAGGAGCUGCCCAAAGACAAGGAGGCCCAGGCUCUUGGCAACUCGGUGCAAGGAUGCUUCAUUCGGAAGUGCCUUUUCAGGGACGGAAAGGGUGGCGUCUUUCUUUGCUCCCAGGGGCAAGCCAGAGUGGAAGGGAGCAUCUUCAGGGACUUGACUUAUGCUGUGCGAUGCAUUCAAAACAGUAAGAUCAUCAUGCUGAAGAAUGACAUUCACCACUGCAAGACCUCAGGGAUAUUUCUGCGCCUUGGUGCUGAUGGCUUGAUUGCCGAAAACAACAUUUAUUCCAAUUGCGAAGCUGGUGUGGACAUUCGGAAAGGGGCCAAUCCCUUCAUCCUGUGCAACAGGAUCCACAGCGGCCUUCGCUCCGGCAUCGUUGUCCUUGGCAACGGAAAAGGCAUCAUCCGUAGCAAUCAAAUAUAUGGAAAUAAGGAGGCUGGCAUUUACAUUCUCUAUAACGGCAACCCUCUGGUGAGCGGGAACCACAUCUUCCAGGGUCUUGCUGCUGGCAUAGCUGUAAAUGAGAAUGGAAGAGGGCAAAUUACAGAAAAUGUUAUCCGUGAGAACCAGUGGGGCGGUGCAGAUAUCCGUCGUGGAGGGGAUCCCGUCCUCAGAAGUAACCUGAUCUGCUGCGGGUAUUCAGAUGGAGUGGUGGUUGGAGAACGUGGGAAAGGACUCAUAGAAGGAAACACCAUCUAUGGUAACAAGGGCUGCGGUGUCUGGAUAAUGUCAUCCAGCCUCCCUCACAUCACGAACAACCAAAUUGGGCACAACAGCAUCUAUGGGAUUGCGGUGUUCUGCCGCAAGGACGACGCCAACGACUACCUCGCCAGUCAAGGGGGCAAUGAGAAUUUCAAUGACGAGGGCGAAGCCACCAACUGGGAGAAUGACCCGGAGAGUGAGGACGAGUGCGUGGCCUCCCGCAGGCCCAUCAGCGUGGCCCUUGUGGAGUCAAACAACAUCAACCACAAUGGGGCAGCCGGCUUGUAUGUCAAGAGCAGCGAGGCCCUGAACAUCGUAGGAAAUGCCAUCCAUGCCAACCAGGACUGUGGGGUAACCGUCCUCCAGAGCUCCCAGCUCACACGAAUAGCCAACAACAGCAUCUCCUGCAACAGCCUCGGCGGGGUGCUGGUGGAAGCCGAGUGCCGGGUGGAGCUGCGCGGCAAUGGCAUCUAUGACAACAGCAGCCAUGGCGUCACCUCCCGGGGCGAGGGGCUCAUCGCCGAGAAUGACAUUCUGGGCAACCAAGGGAGCGGCCUCAAGCUGUUGCAGGCGGCAGACAUGAAGGUAACCAGGAAUAGGAUCCACUCCUUUCGAGGUUAUGGGAUUGAGAUGCUUGACCAGACCAAAGCCUUUGUGCAGGACAAUCUGAUUUUCCAAGGGAAGUCCAAAAAGGGCAUUUUGCAGCAGGUGUCCAGCAUGGAAGGCUGUGUUGUUCUGAACAACAAGCUCCUUGCCUUCAAAAAACGGUCUGAUGUUGGCUGGACCCUGGAGAAUCCUCCAGCGAGACCUCACAUUGAAGGAUCCUCCCGAGGCUUAUCAACAGCUGGGAACAGCCAGAAAGGCUCAAGCAUGACAGCCAGGCUAGCUGCCAGAGUGGAUGGGGGUUGCCACAACAAUGGGAGCAUCUUUUGCACAAUUCUGUGAAUCCUGCACAUUUUCCUCUGCCUUUUCUUUUCCUUGGAGACUUUCCUGUGAGAUUCCAUUGCCCAACCCAACGAGAUUGCGUUCAGAUGCUCCUGUUCGGUCUACUGUGGCAAUGGCCACUCAUCUGUGGUGGGAGUGUC